AUGCAAUUUAUUUUAUCUCAAGUAUUCGAAUUAAUUUGUGUAAUAGUUAUCACCUCAAGUGACAUUGAAUUUCUUGCUGUUCGUCUUCCGUUAAAGGGACAACCUUCACCACCUAACGCAGUAUGGCCACAUCCACAACAAAUCACGAUCUCGAAUGAUGUACUCUAUAUUCGUCCUCAUGAUCUUAAAAUCGAUUCUAAUAUUCGAUCAUGUGAUAUCAUUGCAAAAGCUAUUCAACGUUAUGAACCAAUUUUCUUUCCACCAAAACUUGCUAUGAAUCUACCACCGUCUAGUGCUAAUAAUAUCUUACAAAGCCUAACCC